AUGGCUCUCACAGUGCCACGGAGCAGUGUGAUAACAACGGCAAGCCGUGGCAAACCUUCACUCUCCCCCCCUUCCCCCUUCCCCCCGCCCCUUCACCCCACCACCCCACAACCAACGCGAGCAAGCUUACGGAGACCAGUACCGGACGGAGCUCAUUCCAGUGCCAGGUUCAAGCUGAGCAUUGUCAUUCACAGUGCAGCUGUGGAGAAAAUUGGGGGGCCCGGACUGGUGCAGGAUCAGAGGCCCUAUGUCAGCAUUCGCAUCAAUGACAAGCUGAAGGAAACAGAGCUGGGAGAUUGGAGCUCUGAGAAGGAGCAAUGGUGUUUUCGAGAGGUCAUCACCCUGGAGGUAGUGCCGACAGAUGAGGUGUUUGUUGCUGUCUCCAGCAGCACCAAGUACGAUUUCUGGCUGGCAUCUGUGCAGUUGACCAGCACAAAGAUCGGGGAGGCUUGCUUUCCCGUCUUCUCAGUCAUUCCGCGACUCAAACAGGAGGACCGUGACGAGGAUGGCAUGGUAUGGUCCUCUCCGAUAAUUCCCUUUGAUGUGAGGGAUGACGGCACGACCACUGCUCGCACCUACCUCUCCUUCGAGACCACGCAGGUGGGGUAUCGCGAGCAGCAGCAGGGACAAACUAAGAUACCUCUUGGCCGCAAGGACAGGAUAGGACAGGCCGCAUUUGAAGCCAACAGCAUCCUGGAGCAAGCAAUGGGUGCGCAAGGGGUGUGCCGGCAUGCUUGGGAACUCUCAGGGCUACAGCUUAUAGAAGGAGAUAUCCAUCUGUGCUGGGGGAAAGCUGCUGCCUGUGACUCAGUGUUUCACGAGCACAAGGUUCUGCAAGAGUCUGAGCCGCAGUGGCGGAUACCUCUGCGCCGGAAGGGGAACUUGAAACCAUCGCAAGCAGAGCUUCAUCUUGUCAUUGUGUUCUGCACGCUCUUGCGGGACGACAUGCUGUUGGAGCAUCACCGUGUUAGCCAUUUUGGCCACAAGCUGCAUCUUCCAUCCUUAGACAGCCUCGACUGCCUGGUCAGCAGCGUACCGCUUCGCGCUUUGGAUCCGGUUGGCAUGACCUUCACAGUCCCAGAUCCGGGAGCCUCUGUGGGUGCCUCUGGCAAGUCUUCCCUCCGCGGUAUCUGCCAAGGCCUCAGAAGUUUCCGCUGGCAGACGACAUACGUGAGCGACUUCUGCGCGGACUUCAAGGAUUUGAUGCCGCCAGAGCCAGCCCUCGGGGCCAAGGCUGAUGCAUCCUCCGCAUCGAGGCUUCAGAAGUUCAAGACCAAAGUGCCAACUACACCACCGCCCGGAGGGCGACUGCGUGCCCUAGGUGGAAACCUGCAGCGGCCGGGCACACGUAUCCCGGGCAAGGAGCCACUGUUGCCUGUGGAGCCCGUGGAGAGGAACCGCUGGCGCAAGGAGUAUGCUUGUGGCCGUCGAUCCCCGCGUGCCCGCUACUGUGGUACCAAGGACUGGGAGGCGCCCCAGGAAAUGAUUCUGCGAGCGCCCAUCGUGCUGGGUGUGAUUGGCCAUCCACGUGCCAGCUCCGUCCCUAAGUGA